AUAGACCUCUUGCGCCUGCGCAGUGCUCCGCGCUGUCGUCAAGAAUGGCCGCUGCUGCAGCAGGAAUAAACAAGCAGGGCGCCGUAGCGACGAUGGAGCCCUGUAUCCGACACGGGAGGGGAGCUAAUGGAAGCACAGUGAAGGUGCUGGAGUGUGGAGUGUGUGAGGACGUCUUCUCUCUCCAAGGGGAUAAAGUCCCUCGUCUGUUGCUCUGUGGUCACACUGUGUGCCAUGAUUGUCUCACCCGGUUGCCCCUCCAUGGCAGAGCGGUCCGCUGCCCUUUUGACAGACAGGUCACUGAGCUGGGGGACUCUGGCGUUUGGGGUCUAAAGAAGAACUUUGCUCUGCUUGAACUCUUGGAGCGACUCCAGAAUGGAGCGACCAACCAGUCAGGGAUGGCGGAAGACGCCCUGAAAGGGAUGGGAGAAUGUAUAAUUCGGUGUGACGAGGACGAGAGCCACACGGCCUCCAUGUACUGCACCGUGUGUGCCACCCACCUGUGUGCCGAGUGCUCUCAGCUCACCCACUCCACUCGCACGCUGGCCAAACACCGUCGGGUGCCGCUGGCCGAUAAGCCCCAUGAGAAGACGCUCUGCCCGCAGCAUCAGGUCCACGCCAUCGAGUUCGUCUGUCUGGAGGAGGCCUGUCAGUCUGGGCCUCUCAUGUGCUGUGUGUGCAAGGAGUACGGCAAGCACCAGGGACAUAAGCACGCUGUUCUUGAGACUGAAGCGAAUCAGAUUCGUGCGUCCAUCCUGGACAUGGCCCACUGCAUCCGCACCUUCACAGACGAGGUGUCCGAGUACUCGAGGAAGCUGGUGGGCAUCGUGCAGCAAAUAGAAGGCGGCGAGCAGAUAGUGGAGGAUGGAGUCGGCAUGGCACACACUGAACAUGUUCCCGGAACAGCAGAGAGCGCUCGCUCCUGCGUCCGAGCUUACUUUGCAGACCUCCACGAAACCCUGUGUCGGCAGGAGGAGAUGGCGCUGAGCGUGGUGGAUGCUCACGUCAGGGAGAGGCUUAUCUGGCUGAGGCAGCAGCAGGAGGACAUGACCAUCCUGCUGUCUCAGGUCUCCACCGCCUGCCUGCACUGCGAGAAAACACUGCAGCAGGAUGACUGCAGAGUUGUGCUGGCAAAGCAGGAGAUCAACUGUUUGCUGGAGACCCUUCAGAAGCAGCAGCAUCAGUUCACUGAGCUGGCAGAUCACAUUCAGCUAGAUGCUGGCAUCCCUGUCACCUUCACUAAGGACAACCGGGUCCACAUUGGUCCAAAAAUGGAGAUCCGUGUUGUGACUCUUGGGCUCGAUGGAGCUGGAAAAACCACCAUCCUCUUCAAGCUGAAACAGGAUGAGUUCAUGCAGCCCAUCCCAACCAUUGGUUUCAAUGUGGAAACGGUUGAAUACAAGAACCUGAAAUUCACUAUCUGGGACGUGGGAGGGAAGCAUAAGCUCAGGCCUCUCUGGAAACACUAUUAUCUGAACACUCAAGCCGUGGUGUUUGUGAUCGACAGCUGCCACAGGGACCGGCUCAUGGAGGCCCACAGCGAGCUGGCCAAACUACUGACGGAGAAGGAGCUGCGAGACGCCUUGCUGCUCAUCUUUGCGAACAAGCAGGACGUUCCCGGUGCCGUGUCUGUGGAGGAGAUGACGGAGCUGCUGAGCCUACACAAGCUGUGCUGCGGGAGGAGCUGGCACAUUCAGGGCUGCGACGCCCGCAGCGGGAUGGGCCUCCACGAGGGGCUGGACUGGCUCUCCAGACAGCUGGUGGCCGCCGGGGUCCUGGACGUCGCCUAAAUGUCCCCUCACAUACUGACUCUCCCCCCAAUAAAAUGAACCCAUAUCCCAGCCUCUGAGCCCGGUUCAUCACUUCUGAACAACUUCAUGACAAGGCUGCGGCUCUAAGCCUGACCUCAUCUUUCCUUCUUUGUGCACCAUUGUGGACAAAGGAAACAAAGAUGUAAAUGCAUUCUCCAGCUACACGCUGCACCGGAAAACAUCUUCUAGGUCUGUCCCUUCCAACUUCUAAUAAACUCACUGGUCCUAAAACCAGAGUUAAGACUACAAACGCUCACCCUGCUUCAUGUCUAAGGCAGCUUACAGUCUAACACAAUGCUUACUCCACUUUUUAUUCUAACCCUCCGAGGAGACGAGCCGUUUAUCUGGCAUCUAUAACUAGUAGACUUAGGUCCAGUUAAAUGUUAGAAACGCUCCUUGUACCCUGACAGAGUGGCCUGUAUCUGUAGUUUCUCUCAUCUUACUCAUCAUAACCAGCUCCAUAUGUGACAGUAAUCUCAACUAAACGCAGUGGUCCAUGUUGUAAUGAUAGUAUCUUUUAUGUACCUUUUUAGUUGUUUCAGUAAGCUUCAGAUAAUCCUGAGACGUCACUACAAUCCAGUGCAUUUGCAGGGAAGUGAGAUGGGACAGAAACAUUGAUCUAACGGACCCAGCGGCUUCACACUGAUGGCCAAACGUUCAGACUUUGCCUUGCCAUCUAAUGUAAGCAAUAGCAGCUGAUGUUUUGUUGGGACUUUAAGUUAUGUGCGCAAGUUUUUUUUAAAAAGUGUAUUUAAUACUGCAGCUGGUCUUGGAAUGGUGCACCAGUUGAGUUUUGGUUUGAAUGUCGUGUUUUCUGUUACAGAAAUGUUUACUGAAUUUAUUUAUGAGCGGGAGCGUUACUUUGAUACGAGGCCGUCGGGAGAAAAAAAUCAGAGUUUUUAUGCACCGAUUCUGCCUCCGUUUUGUGGAGUGUCUUGCACGCAGAAUGCACUCGUCUGCUGCCUCACUACCAGUUUUCAUUUGGACGCAAAUGAACUAUCUGCUGUUUCUUAGUAGACUCUGUGUAUUAACCUCACUGCAGAACAUGUCUUGUGAAAAUAUUCCUAUAUAAACUUCUCACACGAGUCCUGUUUGAAGUGCUUACGAGAUGGUACACCUUUAAACAGCCUUCAGUAAUAAUGUAAUGUGAAACGUAGUGAAACAUGAAACCUAACGCUGACACCCGUCUUGUUAUCGAGGAACCAUCAUUUGCGUUGAUCUUUAUUCAUUGCUAUGUAAUGUUUACUAUUUGUAUCUAUGUAUAAAAAUACAAAUUUAAAAAAUGCACGUGUUAACAGCCUUUCCACAUAGUUUGUGAGGACAUUUCCAUUUGUUUUUUGAAACGUAGAAGCACAAUGCGCAUUGAAACCUUUGUUACCAGUGGACUUGAUAAUGGCUUUUGUAAAUUAUACGUAAUGUGAUGCUGUAAAAUAAACUAAUUGACCUCA